CGUGAAAUGCUUUUUUGAUAUAUUCAGAUCGAUCUGGUAUAAACCCUAUAACUAAAACUCCUUCCCAUGCGUGUGACAUAGCAGCAAGCACACCAUGACCACCACUCAUGACGACCUCCCACUUCACACGUCCAAGCCUUCUCGUCAAACCACCGCAAAUCGCUUAUUCGCAGUGGUUCAUUCGUGUGCCAUCUUAACCCUUCUCUAUCACCAUUCACUUUCUCUCAUCAACUCCACAACCGCAACAUCUUUCUUCAUUACCCUCACCUUCCUUGUCUCCGACUCUAUUCUUGCUUUCAUGUUCACCACCACACAAUCUUUACGAAUGCGACCGAUAUACCGUGACGAAUUCCCUGAAAACAUGAAAAGGGUUGUACAAGAAUUGGAUGUUCCUGCAUUGGACGUGUUCAUAUGCACUGCCGAUCCGUACAAGGAGCCACCAAUGAACGUGGUCAACACGGCCUUGUCGGUCAUGGCUUAUGAUUACCCGACAGAGAAGCUUUCGGUGUAUGUUUCAGAUGACGGGGGCUCGGCGCUGACUCUUUUUUCUUUCAUGGAGGCUGCCAAGUUUGCAAGCCACUGGUUGCCUUUUUGCAGGAAGAACAAGAUUGUGGAGUGCAACCCAGAAGCUUAUUUUGCUACCGAUCAUUCUCGGUUUUAUGAGGCUGAGAAGAUCAAGGAUGUGUACCAAGGCGUGAAAGUAAGGGUAAACAAUGUAAUUGAGAUCGGCACGGUUGGUCCUGAACAUAUAACGGGAGAGCGGGAAAUUCAAGCUUUUAGCAAAUGGACGGAUAAAUUUACCAAAUCAGAUCAUCCCACAGUUAUCCAAGUUGUUUUGGACAAUAGCAAAGACAAAGACGUCUCAGACCAUUUGAUGCCAAACCUAAUAUACGUCUCUAGAGAAAAAAGAAGGACGUCACUCCAUCAUUUUAAAGCUGGUGCGCUUAAUGCCCUCCUUCGAGUUUCAGCUACCAUGACCAACGCUCCAAUAAUAUUAACCCUAGACUGUGAUACCUACUCCAACAACUCACAAACGCCUCAUCGUGCAUUAUGUUACUUAUCAUCAGAUCCCAAAGUGGGGUUUGUGCAGUUUCCUCAACGUUUUCAUGGAAUCAACAAGAACGACAUAUAUGCAUGCGAACACAAGCGUUUGUAUAAAAUUAACCCAGUAGGAAUGGAUGGGCUACUGGGACCAAAUUAUUUUGGGACUGGGAGCUUUUUCUCUAGACGAGCAUUCUUUGGAGAACCAUCACAUCUUCUACCUCCUGAAAUCCCUCAACUUUGCCCAACCAAUGUAGUGAGCAAUCCCAUUCAGUCUCCAGAGGUUACGGAGUUGGCACACCGUGUUGCUGCUUGCAGUUAUGAGAUUAGUACCAAUUGGGGCUCGAAGAUUGGUGUGAGAUAUGGUUCACUAGUGGAAGAUUUUUUCACGGGUUAUCGUAUGCAUUGUGAGGGAUGGAAGUCGAUAUUCUGCCAUCCAACUAGGGCAGCAUUUUAUGGGGAUGCCCCAAUGAACCUUAUUGAUGUCUUGAACCAAAACAAGCGAUGGGCAAUAGGCGACCUUGAGGUGGCUUUCUCUAAGUAUAGUCCAAUUACAUAUGGAACUUGUGUCAUGGGUCCUUUGAUGGGCUUGUCUUAUGCUCACUACGCAUUUUGGCCGAUUUGGUCUAUCCCCAUCACCACAUAUGCUUUUCUACCCCAGCUAGCUCUUUUCAACGGACUAACUACAUUUCCUAAGGUUUCAGAGCCAUGGUUUCUCCUAUAUGUGUUUCUUUUCCUCGGAGCCUACAUUCAAGAUCUCCUAGAUUUUGUGUUAGCUGGUGGAACGGUCCAAACGUGGUGGAAUGACCAAAGGAUGUGGUUGAUUAGGGGACUCUCAAGCUUCUUGUUUGGAACCAUUGAGUUCUUUCUCAAAUCCCUUGGCAUUGCCUCACAUGGAUUUAAUGUGACAAGUAAAGUCCUCGAUGAUGACCAAAGCAAACGAUAUGAACAAGGCACCAUUGAGUUCGGAGUUCCGUCGGCAAUGUUUGUGCCGCUAACAAUAGCGGCCAUUGUUAACUUGGCCGCCUUUGCUUGGGGCAAUGUGGAGGUUUUCAGAGGCAAGUGUAGCAUAAAGGAAGUGUUUGUGCAGAUCUUUAUAGCUGGCUUUGGCACAGUGAACUCAAAACCAAUAUAUGAAGCCAUAAUCAGUAGGAAAGAUAAAGGAAGAAUUCCUAAAAAAACUGCCGUAGUUUCAACGUCUCUAGCAUUUGCUCUAUUUGCAGCAGCUCAUGUAACUCUAAGGAACUGA